GGGGGGGGGGGACUGUCCCUCUUAAUCAACUACCAACUGGCAAGAACCUCAAGAGGCUUUCAACCCACUCAAACAAAAGAAAUAAGCCAGCCGAAUGAACAGCAACAACAACACAGCAGGGAUAUCAUGCCACCUCAAGCACAAUCAACCAGCACAGCAGCAACUCAACCUCAACCACCACCACCACAACAGCAACAACCACAUCAACAACAACAACCCAACAGAACAACAACAGCAACAACAACAACAAACCACAACAGCAUCAAACGAACACUCUCAAUCAACACUACCGACAAACUGAACAACAACUCACCAAACCAAACCAACAGUCCAAUCCCAGAUCAAGAGGCUGCUGCCAACGAACUACUAGCAAGAGUAGACCUCAAUGCUGCACUCGAAUUCAUACAGAAACAGGCUCAAACUCAAACACCACCACCACCACCAGAUCACCACCUCACAAGAACUGCCCAUAAACAACAACCAACAACUCCCACUGCUCAAGCCACCCGGAUAGCCCAGAGUCCCAAUCUCCAGCCAUCCCCUCAAACCAACUCAACAACUUAUCCAAGCUCAUUGGAUAUCAAGACUCCCGCUACCAUCCCCCAAGCAACCUUUCCAACCCAGCUAGACGAACCCAAUCCCACAACUCAAGAUCCUAGCAGUGCUAGUAACAGCCCCUCCAGAAACCAACGCCUCAAAACUAUCUCCAUCUCAAUCCUUCGCAGCGUCGCCCGGAAACGCGACUUCUCAUCCGGAACUCAUCCUGCUUCUCCCCCUGGCCCAUCAGCAAUCCAAUCCUUAUCUCCCGCCCUACAAUCCGUCCUCAGCGAUCAUCAUCAUCAUACUAACGAACUCGGUCCCAUCAAACGUCCCUUCUUCAUCGUCGAUGUCAGGUCUGUGACCGCUGCUGCAGAAAGGCAUCAAGCCAAUCCCAAUCAGAUUCGAAGAGUUGAAGAAUGUAAACGAUUCUUCUCAUUGCGAUACGAGCCCAUCUUCACCACUCUGGCCGAAGGAAAGCCUCCCCCAAGUUUAGUCAAAGUGGCUGAAUGGAGAAGAAAGUUACAGCUAGUCUCGAUCCUCCGCAAGAAGCGCGAACAGUCUUUCCGAUCCAGCAGUCAAGGCUCCUCAGAACUGCUACGAAGACCAUUACAUGAAGGACCCUCGAGCGCCGAAGAGCUGAGGCUCAAGUUAAGGAUGACUAUCGACCAGCCACCCAACCUACUGCUAUCAGUCCUGCCUCACCAACAGAACACUUACAAAUGGAUCUGUCUCAGUGCACGCAAACGACGCACCAUGUGGGAGAUUUGUCCAGAGGAUGUCCAGGCGUAUAUGUCCACCCAAGGGGCCAUAGAGGACGAGGAAGAACUACGCGAAGCUGAACGGCUCUUUGGCAGAUUUGAUGAACACCCUAUCCGGCACCCUAAAUCGAGUCGACAACGAGUCAACAGUAAUAAAGCCGGCAGUAGUCGAUGGUUCAAUGAUAGCCACCAUGGCUCCAUCUCAGAUAACGAUUCCGCGCGCUCGCCUCAUAGUGGCCAAACCUCCUUCCACAGCCAAAACUACCAUCUCCGCAAACACUCCUCAGGCACCUCUUCUUCUCGUCAGAUCCGAGCUAGUGGUUCCACCUCGUUUCUCCCAGAAACUUCUCAAGGCCUUCCCAGGGUCUCAGACUUAUCCAAUUAUCGUUACUCCUCUGAUAUGUCCUCCUCACAAGACAAGUACAAUCGGCGCCAGACUAACUCAGAUAUCGACGAACGUGACACGAAAAACCCCCAGGUCGACCCUGCUAGUCAUGCCAACCCAGACCUAUCAGUUGAUGUCAACAAUCUGAGCUGGUCCGGCAAGACGCCCGUCUCCUCACCCUACGUCUCAUCGGCCAUCCUAAUCUCCCCCUUAGAACCACGCAACAACACUCGAACCUCGACCACCAUCCUCCCAUCCACACCCGUCCCGGACGAUUAUCAUACCCCACCCCAAUCAAAAACCAACCCAUCGACGGUCCAGAGUAAUCUAGCCUUCCCUGCCAAGCAGCCCCCUCGACACAGCAGUGAUCAUGGCCCUCGACCAUCCAAGCCGACGUUUGUGAAAGCGAAAGCCAAGAAGUACCACAGCGGAUGGAGUGCGACGGACGAGGCUGGCAACGCCCCCUCCUCGGGCUCGUCCCCCCUCAGAUCUAACUCCCAGCCCGCCCUCGUCCCUCCGCUCGACAACCGUCACUCGAAACAGAGACUCUCUAGUCUCGCUCGCGGGAUGACGACCAGCCAUUCCAAUCCGGCAACCAAUCUUCCCGGCUCCCCCGAGAAACCAAACCUUUCUAGGAACGCCUCCGCUAAAGGCCUCCUCCACUUCGCGAAACGCUCCAUCAUCCCGGACAUUCCGGGCCCUUCACCACUCCUCAUUCCUGACCGAAUCCUGGGGCCUACCUCUUCUUCCUCUUCUACUUCUUUCAUCCCUCCUCAUCCUCCUCAUCUUCUUCAUCCUGUUCCUCUUGUUCGUCCUUCGAAACUCUCGUUCUUUCAUAAACCUCCGCGCGAUUGGAAGGGCUGGAAAUUCGACAAAUCUCAUCUCAUCUUUCGUAAUUCGAACAACAAUCAAAAGAAGGUUUCUGUCGAUCUCCUCCCGCCCGUUACCGAUAUCCUCUUCGUUAGCCCCUUCCAUCAGCCCCUCAGAACCCCUACUCAUCUCCCGAAAACCGCUGCCGGAGCUGCCGCUCUGCACUCUUUCGCUAAUUAUCAGUCCGUUAACUUGCCUAUUCUGGUCACCGAUUUGACGGAUGAAGAAGUUCAAGAAACACAAAUGUUGAUUGUGAUGUUGACGAGUCAAUUGGAACAUUCUGAGAUGGCGCUGAAAGAGUGUCGGGAUCAAGAGUAUCGCAAAUAUGCGGCUCUGUUGCCCCAGAUUCGUGAAGAGAUUGGGUUGGAAGAGAUUCCGAUUCGGAAGAAAGUUGGGUGGGGUUGUUCAGACCAGCAAGAAGACGAAGGGCGAGGAGUUGAAGGAGAAGGAGGAGGAGGACGGAGGAAUUCGAAGGGCAAAGGAGUCCAAGUAUCGCUAGAGUCUGAUCACUCAUCAUCAUCAACCACCACGGAAGGCUCAGUCCUUUCACGAUCAGUCCAAGAAGAAGAAGAUCAAGACCGGUCAGAAGAAGAACACAGGAUAGGUCGACAGCCCGAGGUUCCAGCUGUGGUCGAGGUGGUCAGAGAGCGGCUUGAUGUUUGUCUGGCGCAAAUCGACGCAACUCUGGUUUCUCUGGAGUCACAUAAGCUGGCGUUCCGGGCGCGAUUGGAAGAGCAGAUCCGGGCCCGGGAGGCGGCGAUCUAUCAACACGAGCUCUUUCUGGCCUCGUGUUCUGAACGGCAAGAGCUGAUGCGCAAGGACCGGGACUUGGUCAACCAGGUCCGUCGGACCAUCAAGCUCUUCGGCCAAGAAGCGCGCUCACUCGACCAUCUCAAGGCCGCCUUCACCGACGGGAUCUCGAGGCCGAUCAUCAGCGCUCUCGUCUCCUUCCUCUCCAAACUCAUCGGCAUCGCCCUCAAACUCUUUGCCCUCCAUUCGGCAGUCUAUCGCGCCCCUUUCAAGGGCCUCUUCGGCGCCGUCCUUGGACGUUGGAUCUUCGUCCUCCUCCAUCGACAUGCCCAUCUUCUCCUCCUCAUCGACCACUCCUUUGAGGCGCUGGUUCGUCAGAAGCUUUCUUCCCUCUUGUUGGCCGUCGGGUUGGAUCCGAGCGGCGCAUGGGCCUCGAUCGCCUCGGCCUUCGCCGCCGCUUUCAGACUCGCCAAACUCGCCUUCAUCCUCCUCAAUCUCUCUAUCUUACUCAUCAGUCUUCUCUCCAUCCUUUCGGCUUCGCUCGCCUUCUGGCCUCUUCGUAAUCCUCCUCCUCGCUCGUUCUCUUUCUUGGCUAAUGAUCCGCUCCACCAUCAUCCUCAUCCUAAAUCUUCUGGUCAUUCGAAUUCGGUCAAACCUAGAGUUAAAUCAACCGACCAUCUUUCCAAUCCAAAUCCGUUGUCUUCUGCCGUUACGACCUCUCAUCCUGAUAAGAAAUUCACUUGAGUAAUCCUUCCUUCUUCACUCGUGUUUGUGUUGUGUUGUUGUUGUUGUUGGGUCCAAAAGAGCUCCUCAUAUAUAUAUAAAUAGAUACCCCCAUUCCUCUUCCCUUGCCCCUCUCAAAAACCCCAAAAUGUUUAGAAUGUAGAUCCUUGGUUUUCAUCCCUCCAUUCAUUCAUUCAUUAUUAUUCUUAUUUAUCACUCAUUUCUUUUAAUCCAUUUUUUCUUUUUUUGAAUCAUCUUCUUUCCCUUUCUCAUCAUCAUCAUCAUCAUCAUUGUUGUUGUUGUUUUUACUUAUAUUUAUGAAUCUCUGGUACCGUACUUUGUACAUUGUCUCUUUUACUGUCACGAUUAUGACUUCCCACAUCAAUUCGUAUCAUCGCUUCCCCGUUUCUUCUGCUUCUGCUUUGUUUUGGUUCAAGUUCCAGUAUUCAGUCUUCUUCAGUUUUCUUCAGUAUUAGUUCAUACCGGUAUCAUCAUGUAUCUCUACAGUCUAUGUUUCUUUUAUCUUUCGACCUUUCUUCUUCCUCAUCUUCUGCACAUACUUAUUUAUAA